AUGGCCUGCGCAGUGCGCGCAGUGCGCGGGCGUUUCGGGCGAUUGCGAGACCGCAGUGGGCAGCUCGGGGGGCAGCUCUCUGCGCCUCGUGCGCGGCCUCCUGCCGAGCGGCGUCCUCGCCCAUGUUCAACCGCAGCGCUCAGAACUGCGAGGACCGCCAGGACUGCCAGGACUGCGGGGACUACGACAGUGACUACGAGGAUUGCGGGCACAGUGACGACGGCCAUAGCCACUGCAGCCGGGGCCCGCGGUGCCCACGGCUGGCUGCUUUGGCCGUUUUGGCCCGGCCUGCGCCGGAGCCACCUGCAGAUGUUGCUGCGGUUGAUGCACCGCCUGGUGCAGCGACGGGCCGUGCAACCCCUCGGCACAGAGCUCCGGCAGACGUGGCCGCCCACACUCGAGCGUUGUGGGCCGCGGCUGAAGCCUGCGCAGAUACUGGAGGCGCUCGAGCUCACUGCCCUGCUCCGCGAGUCCCUGGCUGGCUUUGCGCCGCUGCUCAGGAGAGCCAAUGCUGAGAUCGCUGGACAGCCUAGCAGGCUCGUCCGAAUCUUGGAUCUUCUGCGUGAGACAGGUGAUUCCCCUGGGGCACGCUUCGCCAGCAGCGCUUUGCAGCUCACGCAGCACUUUGCACGGCGGCUGGACGAGAGCCCUGGAGACUUUGGCUCAGAGGCGCUGGCGGUCUUUUGCUCCUUGGCCAAGAGCGGCCGGGCGGCCUUCCGGAAGCUCAGCGAGGAGUCCCUCUGGCGCCUUUGUGACCGCGUGGCUGGCCAGGCGAAGCUCAGCCUCCCACUGCAAAGUCUCCAAAGCAAGGCAGAGGAGCCGCGCGAGGCGAUGGUGGCAGUGGUGCCGGCGGCGGAGCUGUUUUGCGCAGUGGCCCGGCUGAUCCCCCGAGAGGGUGGCUUGCAUCAGCUCGAGCUUCUGUCAGACUUGGGCGGUUUCCUCCGUGACCGCACGGACGAGGUCCCUGCGGACAUGCUGGUGCCACUUGCACGGGUCUUGGGACGGGGAGACCCGUCCGAGGAGUACGUGUUGCUGCAUGCCAUCUGCCAGCAAGCGCUGCGAGUAGGGCUUCCAAAUGCAUCUUCUGCAGCGUCGCUGCUUCUGGUUUGCAGCAGAUGGGACUUCUACGAUGAAGCUGUGUUCACGCUUGCUGCGAGAUCGCUCCAAGAUGGGGUGCGGCAGAUUCCCCUCAGCGUUCUCUGUGAUGUGGUCUACUCGGUAAGCAACCUUCAAAUUCGAGAUGCGUUGCCGCUUGAUUCCCUGGAUGCUCUUUGUGACGAUCUGGUACGAAGAGCCCAGGAUUUGUCGGAAGGAGAUCUUGUGCGUCUCUCCAGAGGCUUGUUGAAGUUGCGACAUCAGCAUGAGCCUUUGUUGGCGGCACUCAGGCCCGUAGUGGCAGAGCAGCAGGCAAGAAUCCAAUCCAUCAGCCUUUGCAACCUCAUCAACGUCUUCUCCUACUUUGGAGGCCUUCCCAAUGGGGGGAAGUUGCUCGAGACGGCCGUCGGCCGGGCGCGGCGAUUGCAGCCGGUCUCCGUGCAGCACCUCCUCACUGCCCUUUGCCGCCUGCGAUGUCCCUCAGACACAUCGGAGUCGGAGAACCCCCCGAAUUCCUCGAAUUCCUCAGAGUCGGAGUCCUUGCAGCGGCUUUGUCAGCACAUCGCCGCCAGCGGAAGUGGUCAGGGAGCACACGAAGUCCGCUUCUCGCCCGUGCAGGCGCUGAGCUCCCUCUCUGCCCUGGCCCGGCUCCAGCAUCGGCACCUGCCCGCGGUGUCCGUGCUCUUGGGCGCCCUGACGGGAGCCCGUGGUGACGGGGCCUCGCCGUGGCUCUGGGCGCCCUCGCCCUUCCUCUUCCGCUGGCGCCCCGUGCCCAAGACCCGCCGCCUCCCGGAGGGGCUGGACAACUCCCACUGCGUGGAGAUCUUGCAGAGCCUGGCCUGGCUGGACCUGAGCAGCCGCGCCACGGUGCAGCUGACCGCGGCGCUGUGCGGGGCACUCUGCCCGUCGCUGCACGAGCUGCGGGCCAAGGAGGUGCUCGUCGUGGCCCGUGCCUUCGCCCCGGAGCGCCUCCCGGACUCUGCCUGGGAGGACCCGGCCGCCUCCCUCUGGCGCGAGAAGGCCCUCGAGCUGUGCCUCGAAAGCUUGCGCCGCCACGAGAGCUUCCUGGACAGCUCCUGGGUGAGCCUGCUGCCCUUCAAGCUGCUCUGUCUUCAGGUCAACUUUGGGACCUUCGAGACGCGAGAGUUCCGCGAGUUCCUGAAUCCCAUGCUCUUCAGCUUCGCUGAGCGCUUGAGGUGCCUAACGAAGGAGCAGUGCGAUCACAAUCGCAUGCAACGCGAAGGACUGGAGGAAUUGGAGGAUGACCAGGAGACUCUCUCCCUCGCAGAGGGUCCCCAGAUGAUUCACGGCUCCAAGUACCGCAUCUUUGUGGGAAGCAACAUCUUGAGUGGCCACUCGGUAUCUUCUGCCACUCAGGUGGCGCCGGUGGUUGGUGGCCUGGCCAGCUUGUGGAUGGCCUACAAGGUUGCCUCAGAGGAGUGGUGGGCCCGAGCAAAGACGAUUCGUUAUGACCACUACACGGAGGGCAUCGUGUACUCUCCUUAUGACACCGGUGAGCCCAUUCGAGAGAUGCCCGAGGAGUGCAAAGGCAAGAUGCUCUUGAAACAAAGGCGCGGAGGUUGGAAGCUUCAGAGCGAGAUGGAGGAGCAUCUUGAUUGCUGCCUUGCUCCUAUGCGUCUUUGCCCCAUUCCGCCGCUUACCUGUGCCAGGAAUAGAGCAGCCCAUCAGACGCAGCCACUCUGA